AUGGAACGACGAUUGAUCCCUGGCUUCUUCUGGCUGAUUCUGGUUUUCGGUUUGGUUCUCAGAACAGCUGGCAACGCAGAAGGUGAUGCGCUGAGUGCACUGAAGAACAGUUUAGCAGACCCAAACAAAGUGCUUCAGAGUUGGGAUGCGACUCUUGUUACUCCCUGUACAUGGUUUCAUGUCACUUGCAAUAGUGACAACAGUGUUACACGUGUUGAUCUUGGGAAUGCGAAUCUAUCUGGUCAGCUUGUAAUGCAACUUGGCCAGCUUCCAAACUUGCAGUACUUGGAGCUUUAUAGCAAUAACAUAACUGGGACAAUCCCAGAGCAGCUUGGAAAUUUGACGGAAUUGGUGAGCUUGGAUCUUUACUUGAACAAUUUAAGUGGUCCCAUCCCAUCCACUCUCGGCCGACUAAAGAAACUUCGUUUCUUGCGUCUAAAUAACAAUACCUUAUCAGGAGAAAUCCCAAGGUCUUUGACUGCUGUCUCGACGCUACAAGUUCUGGAUCUUUCAAACAAUCCUCUUACUGGAGAUAUUCCGGUUAAUGGCUCCUUUUCACUUUUCACACCUAUCAGUUUUGCCGGUACCAAAUUGACUCCCCUUCCUGCUUCUCCACCGCCUCCUAUCUCUCCUACACCGCCUUCAGCUGCAGGGAAUAAUAGAAUCACUGGAGCAAUUGCGGGAGGAGUAGCUGCAGGUGCUGCACUUCUAUUUGCUGUUCCGGCCAUUGCUCUUGCAUGGUGGCGAAGGAAAAAGCCACAAGACCACUUCUUUGAUGUUCCAGCUGAAGAGGAUCCAGAGGUUCAUCUAGGACAACUCAAGAGGUUUUCGUUGCGUGAACUACAAGUUGCUUCGGAUAACUUUAGCAACAAGAACAUAUUGGGCAGAGGUGGUUUUGGCAAAGUUUAUAAAGGAAGGUUAGCCGAUGGUACUCUAGUGGCGGUUAAAAGGCUGAAAGAGGAGCGGACACAAGGCGGCGAACUUCAGUUCCAGACCGAGGUUGAGAUGAUCAGUAUGGCUGUUCACAGGAACUUGCUUCGUCUUCGUGGCUUUUGCAUGACUCCAACAGAGAGAUUGCUUGUUUAUCCCUACAUGGCUAAUGGAAGUGUUGCCUCCUGUUUAAGAGAACGUCCGGAGUCUCAGCCACCACUUGAUUGGCCAAAGAGACAGCGUAUAGCGUUGGGAUCGGCAAGGGGGCUUGCGUAUCUGCAUGACCAUUGCGAUCCGAAGAUCAUUCAUCGAGAUGUGAAAGCUGCAAAUAUAUUGCUGGACGAGGAGUUUGAAGCCGUGGUUGGGGAUUUUGGACUCGCAAAGCUCAUGGACUACAAGGACACACAUGUGACAACCGCAGUGCGUGGAACCAUUGGUCAUAUAGCCCCUGAGUACUUAUCUACAGGGAAAUCAUCAGAGAAAACCGAUGUCUUUGGUUAUGGAGUCAUGCUUCUUGAGCUCAUUACUGGACAAAGGGCCUUUGAUCUUGCUCGCCUCGCGAAUGACGAUGAUGUCAUGUUGCUAGACUGGGUGAAAGGGUUGUUGAAAGAGAAGAAGUUGGAAGCAUUAGUAGAUGUGGAUCUUCAAGGUAAUUACAUAGACGAAGAAGUGGAGCAGCUAAUCCAAGUGGCUCUGCUCUGCACUCAGGGCUCACCAAUGGAAAGACCCAAAAUGUCUGAAGUUGUAAGAAUGCUUGAAGGAGAUGGUUUAGCUGAGAGAUGGGAAGAGUGGCAAAAGGAGGAAAUCUUCAGACAGGAUUUCAACUACCAAAACUAUAACCAACCAAACACUAGCUGGCUCAUCGGCGAUUCCACUUCCCACAUUGAAAACGAAUAUCCCUCUGGUCCAAGAUAA